AUGGCUGUGGCGUUGAUUCUCUGUUGCCUUUCACUUCACGUCCUCAAUGUUCAUGCAUGGGAUCAAUCUGAAUUGGAGAUGUUCGAUCUUAUGGAGGAAAUGAGCACAAAUUUUUAUGAAUUUCUGAACGUUCCUCCUACAGCGACUUCUCUCGAAAUUAAACGGGCUUAUCGGAAGUUAUCGCUGGAAAUGCACCCAGAUAAAAACCCCAAUGAUGCAAAUGCGGGUGUGAAGUUCCGUCAAUUAUCCGUUGUUUAUCAAAUAUUAAAGGAUGAAGAGAGAAGGCGACACUAUGAUGAGGCGUUGGAAAAUGGUAUUCCUGACUGGAGGACUCCUGUUUUCUACUACCGAAAACUGCGAAAAAUGUCGAAUGUAGAAGUCUCCGUCCUCUUCUCCGCUGUAGCUAUCACCAUUCACUUUGCUACACUCUGGGGUUUGGCGUUCGAGAGACGAUGGACUUUGCGAGAACAGCUGGAAACUCACAUGAAAAGACACAAAGCCUCGGACAAGAAGAAGGUGGCCAUCGAUUCAGAAAUCGCGGAGCAACUGAAGGUGGUUAAGUGGCCUACUAUUGUGGAUUUGUUGCCAAUUGCCCUGCUGCGGGCCGCCCUCAGCUUCAUUUUGGGCAUUCCUAACCUCCUUGGUUCGCUGAAGGGCAUUCUCGUCGCUUCCUUCGAGAAGGCGAGGAGGGAGCGGGAGGAGCAAAGAGAACUGAAGCGGGAACAAGAUGAACGCAUUCAACGGCGGGAGAGGCAGAAGAAAAGGCAGGCAGAGCAGUCCAAAAUGCGGCAUCGUCAGACAGAGGAGGCUGAUUUUGAUGGCUUUGAUGCCUCGAUGUACCAGAUGGCAAAUCUGGUUGUUGAAGGCGCUGAAGUUCGGAAAGACACAAGCUCUGGUGUUGAGGUUGAAGAUGGUGUUUCAAAACCAUGGCUUCAAACCGAGGAAAUCGCUUUGAUUAGGUUGGCUAAUAAAUAUCCUGGUGGUUAUCCCGACCGCUGGUCGAAAAUUGCUCAAAUUCUGGGCCGAACUGUCAGUGAUGUGACUGCGAAAGCGUCUGAAAUUGCCGCUGUUCCAGAUGGAUUUAACACGGAGGAGAUUAGUGAAAAUGAAAGUGGAAAUGAGGAAGGAAAUGAGGAAGAUGAUUACUACCUCUCAAAGCGGAAGGCCAAAAGGAUCGGGAAAACGGUUUCCCAGGAACCGGAGAAAGAGGAGCUCCCUGUUCCGGAUGUUGAAAUGGAGGAGGAUUCCGACGCCUAUGUCAGUCGUAAAAAGCAAAAGGCAUUAUCAAGGAGUAAACCUCCGGUUAUGGUAGUGAGUCAAGAAGCAAAUGGCCAUUGGACACAGAAAGAACAAAAUCAACUGGAGACGGCAAUGAAUUCUUUUCCCAAAGACACGCCUCAUCGAUGGCAAUUGAUUGCUGAGUGUGUGCCUUCGAGGACGUUGGUGGGUUGUGAUUUAGCGGCUCAUCUUGUGGUAUGCACUACUUACAAACUUAUAAGUAGCACCGCUGAAGUGAUCGACCGGGUGAAGUUUUUGGCUGAGAACACUAAAAAAAAGUGUAAAACCGUUACUUGA